ACACACACACACACACACUUCAUGUAGCAGUUGCUGAUAUUGAACAUUUUUCCACUCUGACACCACACGCAUCCUCGUACUCGCAGUGUGUGUGUGUGUGUGUGUGUAUGUGUGUGUAUGUGUUUGUGUGUCCGCCCCCUCUGCUUCAUUUCCUGAAUCCCUGCCUCUUCACUCGCUGUGACAUGGGAAACAAACGCACACGUACGGAUUAAAAACUGCAUAAAAAUGACGAGAAAAGCUCAGUUUGGGCCCGCCUCCUUCUGAUGAGCUCCACCAAUGGGCUGAGGGCAGGGGCGGGGCCAGGAUGAGUGCUGAGCUGCUAUUGGAGGAGACGCUCAUUAAGCGGUCUCAGCAGAAGAAGAGAACUUCUCCUCUGAACUACAAGGAGAGGCUUUUCGUGCUGACCAGGAGCAAACUCACCUACUACGACGGGAGAGCAGAGAAGAAGUUCAGGAGAGGAUCCAUCGAGCUGAGCAGGAUCAGAUGCGCAGAGGUCGUGAAGAACGGAGGAGGAAUAAUCCCCUGCCAGAACAAAUACCCCUUCCAGGUUGUUUACGACGCUAACAUUCUCUACGUUUUCGCUCCGAGUCACGACAGCAGGACUCACUGGGUGCAGAGCCUCAAAGAGG